AAAAAAUUAAAAAAAAAGGAUUCUUACAUGAGUGCCACUUCUUGUAGUUAUUCUUACGAAGAAGCCACGCGUGGGUUAAUCCUCAUCAUCAUGUGUUGAUAUAAGUCCCCAGGCCUUGAUCCAGCUGAUAGGAAAAUCGAUUGUGGAUUAUUAAUCAAUCUGAUUAAUUGACGUUUGUCAUGGCUCGUGAUAUUUGGACAACAAGAGUGAUUGACAGAAGGAACGCAAUUUCAUUCUAGUUCUCAUUAUUGUGGAUGAUGUGAAAUAGUGGGAGAUAAAAUAUUUGAAAUAUCUCCGGAGAGAAAAUAUUGAUGAGUAUUUUGGAUCGGCGUUGUUGGCACUGGGGAGAAUUCCGAUGGAGGGAUCGAGGAAAUUGAAAAAAAGGGAAUUGAGCGAAUCUGCACCGAAUCUAGAUAUUGGAGGCACUGGAGGGUUUCAUGGGAGUGAAAUGCCACCUGAUGAGGAUGAAGGACGUGAAACUGACGGUCUCAAAAGGGGACACAGCCUUAGGCUGCCCCCAGCUAAUGAGGAUCCCGGUGGGCCACUCCGUCGAGGCGGUUCACUAAAUUUUCGUCAGGCUCGAAUCGAUGGGAAGAACUUGUGUGUACCAGUGGAUAUCCUGAAGAGAACACAAAAUGACAGAACCCUGACAUCCGGUCUGCCUCCAGCCAGGACCCCAUCACCUGCUCCAACACCACCUGCCCCUGAACAUCUAGCUGUCAAUUUACUCCAGCUCGGAUGUCCCCUCGUUUCCAUGCCCAGACCUCGUGGAGGAGUUGGUUCGGAGCAUCAUCCACACAGUAGUGACAGUGAUGACUCCAUUCCGUAUCAUCAAGGCCGUUACCAACGCGAGGGUCAUGGCCACCCAGCUGGUGGUGGUGGUCAUCCAGCCGAGGGAUAUGGACUACCAAAGGUUCAGGUAUCAGCUCCCACAGGAUCUGAGACUCCCAACAUUAACGGGUCUGCUGGAUCUAUAGGAGCUCGUUCUGCACCCAGUACUCCUCUCCAGGCUGUAGGAAGCACCCAACAUUCAUCUCAGGACAAACAUCCCCAGCAGUCAUCAGCAGGUGGUUCACAGCUGACUGUUGCAAGCCACACAGCACCUCCAAGAAGCCCCAGUCAUGCAGCGUUGCAGAAAUGCAACGACAGCCAAUUGUCGAAACCUCUGAGCAGAAGUACUCCGUCGAUGACUGGAGGCUCGCAAGCUCCCGCUGCAACCGCAAAAUCAUCUACAAGAUCACCCACAGCCACCAGUAGUGCAAGACAGAAGAAAUUUAAUCGUCAUUUCACACAGAUUGGAUCUGAUAACUCAAACAACAGUAUCGCCAGCUCAAGUAGGAAUAUGGAGGUCUACUCUCAGAUAUCAACUGAGACCGAGCACGAUGAUUGCAAUUUUAAUUGCAGUACUGGCAGCCCUCUAUAUCUCAGCUGCUCUCAUGAUGGUCAGAAUCGAUAAACUUCACACUGCGUAUCUGAAUCAUCCCCUGGCGUCCCCCGAAAAAUUCACUCAGGAGCGACUACUGCAUUAUCUCAAUACGAAUCUUGAUCAGAUUGUCAAGGUUCGACAGAGUUUGCAAACAUUGUCUCAACAAUUUGUGACAAUGGGACAGGAGAAUGAUCAUUAUUCGAGGGCAGGUGGGAAAGGAGAGCCUGAGGAUGCACCAAGUUAGCCCUCGAAGUGGUCAUCUGAUACCGUAACAAUUCGAAAUGUUAAUAAUAAGAGUUCCCUUCACCUCGCUAGCGUAUGAAACGCCCCAUUUAUUAUUCUACCACAAUGAAAUAAUAAUAACCAUAAUUACCUGCGUGAUGAUACAAGCGUUCUUAUCGAGAGGAAUUUACCACAGAGUGAUUGAUUGAAGGGAAGGGCUCUUUAUCAAUGUAUGUUAUAAACAGAUGAAGUUUGAGGGAUCAGUCGCUCUGAGGUACCUCCUGGGAGUCACUAGGACCUAGGGUUCCAGAUGGGAACGACGUAGGCUAAUGAAAAAAAAAGAGUAUAAGACAAUUUAAAAACAAAACAUGAAGGUAAACCUAGAGAUUAGGUUGCUUCGCAGAACCAAGAGAUAUUCAAUUUUAACCGCAUAAAAAUUAAUUGUUUAUUGACAGGAGUAAGUGGGGGAAUCUAUCGGAUGGAGAAUAUUUUCCGGGACUGUAAUUUCCAUUUUCCUUUUUUUAAGUUUUUACAACUAGUCAGUGUGCCCUUAGUAAUUAUUGUUCCUCUCAUUUUUCUCUUUAUUCAUGAGAAAGAAAAUAGUUUACGAUAUAUUUUUUUUUCUGCUCAAGUGCAUAAAUUGACAGCUAGUCGAGAUGAAAAUCAAAUACCGAUAAUUUGUACCAGAUUUCAUGACGUACAUCAGGUAUUACAUUUAGAUUUGUCACGUUGAAAAUCUUUGAGAGAAAAAGGAAUUUUCUCCUUCACUCAUUUAAUUCUUUUCCCUUUUUUUGUAUGAAAAGAAUCAACUUGAAAUAAUUUUUUCUUUAUGAACAGACGCAUAAAUCUAUAACUAGUCUCAAUGGAAAUUAUAUUUUGUUAUUGCAAAUUGAAAAGAUUCAACAAAAUCUGGCGAUAUUAAAUCUACGACAAAAACCCAUUUAAAAAAUCGUACUACAAACUCAAUUUCCAUUUUUUUAUCGCUACAAAAAUGCAUCAGAAGAUAUUGCUCUUAACUUUAAUCAAUAUUUGAAAGAAAUGCAUGAAGACAAAAAUCCCCUGCUUACUUGAUCGUUCCUACUAGUCGAAAGAGAGGAAUGAUUAAAAAAUGUUAAUCCAUAGAGGAAUCAAUUCCAAAAUAAUUCUCCCAGAAUUAACCAAUACUGUUGAUUGAUAAUUAAACAUUAUUUGGUGGGCGAGGGGAGGGGGAAAGGAGGGGAUCAAGGGGAAUGCUGGUGAAAAGACAAAAUCUAAAAAAUGAAUGACGUGAAGGUGAUUGACUGUGAUAAUAUAUGAUUGAGAAUUUAAAGCAUAAAAUUUAAUUUCUGGCAUAAAUUUUGAGUCUCCGGUCCUCUUGCGCGUCCACGGUCCUACGAAAUUCAAUAAAAAAAUACUGUUUCCACUUAAUUAAAAAGUUUAUUGAAAUAAAACGAACAAAAAAAUGAAGAA